AUGUCUUUCUAUGGAGACGUACAGGCGCGUAGAGAUACUGCCAAAAUGCAAUUAGUUAGAGAUCAGGCUGAUUGGCUUCUUAAUAAUAUAAUUCCCCCACAUGCUGUUGAAUCACUCAAAACAAAUACAAAAUAUAGUGAAAAUCACAAAUUGACGGCAGUAAUGUUUGCUUCAAUCACUAAUUGGCAUGAAAUGUAUGAAGAAACAUAUGAGGGUGGUCGUGAAUUUAUUAGAGUAUUAAAUGAAGUUAUUGGGGAUUUUGAUGAAUUACUCGACCGUUCUGAAUUUGCACAAGUUGAAAAAAUUAAAACAAUAGGUCCUUGUUAUAUGGCUGCUUCUGGAUUGAAUCCUGAUAGAAGACGGUUGUCACUACAUCCCUAUGAGCAUUUAUAUCAGGCAAAUUUCAUUUUUAUAUUAUUUUUUUAA